GUCCGGUUGUGCUCUAGGGAACAUUGGGAACUGUUUUAAUAGCGAUCUUGGUUAUGUAGCUGCGUAGACCGGAAUAAUAUAUGUUUUUCCUCUUUCAAUAAAACUCAAUGCCAUCAACGAUUGUCCACAGGGAUGGUGAAGCAGUCAGCCUCAUGGCCCUACGUCUUAGUUUGUUAUACAGACAGGUGGACCGAUGCCUAGACUCAACAGGACAGUGGUACUAGCCUUGCUGAUUGCAACCAGUUCCAUUUUCCUCUUGUUCCAGUUAUAUUAUUACAGGCAGUACGUUUCAAAGUGGGCUGAUUCUCUACAGCAUGGACCUCUUGCUUUGAGUAGUAAAGGCUACCUGGCAGGAAAGGAGGCCCAGUGGCAUUUGGUGAAGAAGUUUCUCGGGCUAGCGCGCAAGUUCAGCCUGCCUGUGUUUCUGGUGGACACCGUCACACUGAGCCUGCUGACCCAGGAGGCCGAGCUGCUGAAGGACAGCCAGUUGAAAGAGCCUCACUGCACCUUCCUCUGCACACAUAGGCACUUCAUCACCUUUGGCCUACUCGGAAACGUCUGGAAGUAUGAUGCUGCUCUGCAGGAUGCAGCAGAAGAGCGUGGUCUGGAGCUUCUGGAGCUCAGGGGGAAGGACCCCAGGCUGGUGGGCAUGGACGACCUGACAGGGAGCGAGAUCCCUCUGCACCUCCUCAUCCGCUCCGACGGCCACUUGCUCGUGCAUGUUGUCGUCCUGUACGAGCGCAGCGGGAACUAUCUGUGGCACGGACCCCUGCGGCUCACACCUGGCAUCGACCACAACUUUGCCCCCUUCAGAAAGCUGGACUUUGGCCGCUACGCAGGGGCCUAUGACAGACCAGAGCUCAUUCUGACCACUCUAGAUGGGCUUGAUGUGCGGCUCCCAAAAAACUUCUCCCACUUCUUGACCGAACAUUCCAGCAGCCGCUUUCUGGAGUGCAGAUAUCGAGAAGCAGCUGCCUUUUACCAGCUGUAUCCAGAUGAUCCAUCUCCUGAGGCAAUGGACUUCAGGAUGAAGGCCAAGAGCCUUCUCCACCUCGCUGCUCGAGUUCUCACUGAGCUCCAGGUCCCCUUCUGGCUGAGUAGUGGCACUUGUCUUGGCUGGUUCCGGCAGUGCAAUAUCAUCCCCUACAGUAAGGAUGUGGAUCUGGGCAUCUGGAUUAAAGAUUACAGGCAUGACCUCACACAGGCCUUCCAGAGGGCUGGACUCCCUCUCAAACAUAAGUUUGGAAAGAUCGAGGACAGCCUGGAACUCUCCUUCCAGGGACUGGAUGUGAAACUGGACAUCUUCUUUUUCUAUGAGGAUGGUGACAUUGUUUGGAAUGGAGGCACGCAGGCCAAGAGUGGCAAGAAAUUUAAGUAUGUGUUCCCCCGGUUCAGCUUGUGCUGGACAGAGCUGGUGGAUCUUAGGUUGCGGGUGCCCUGUGAGACUCUGGAUUAUGUGGUGGCCAACUAUGGGCCGGAGUGGAACGUUCCGGUAAAGACGUGGGACUGGAAGAGCUCUCCGCCCAACGUGCAGGAGAAUGGGGUGUGGCCCAUCAGAGAGCGGGAUGAUGUUAUUCAAGUCUACUGAAACCUCACAGGAGUGACACGUUUGUUUUUGUAAAGGCUGCCAUUUUCUCCCAUUAAGCACAAUAUGGUAAAACUGGGCCUCUAUUUAAUCUCAAAAAUAAACCUCGUAUUUGUACAGCUGAUUGCUGUAAGGCAAAGCCUGAUCUCUGACCCCUGACCCUUGCUCCAUUCACAUGCGCAUCCAUGACUGAAACUUCUGGUGAGCCUUUUUCAAUAGACUUUAAAACAACUGGAGGCAGAUAUGUAGGUAUGAUCUCCUUACCCUUUCCCCUUAGGGGAAACUGUCCUGCAGGGGCACAUAGUUGUUUUGUUUUUUUUUCUAUGACGCAUCAUCUUCUCAUUUCAUGUUGUCUGUUUGCAACUGAUAUUUUGAACCACAAUUCCUCAUGGUUUGCUCUUUUGACGGCUGAUGGUGACUGUGUUGCACUUGCAGUUUGUUCAUACCUGCAUCAUAACUCACUUUCACUCAUUUUUCUUCAGACUGAAGUUGCAUCCAACACUGCUGGUAGCCCACUACCAUUACCUUGUUAUAACAAAUAAAGCAUAUUAAGAGAUAGUAGUGACCAAGGUCACUUUCAUAAAAAGGUCUUUCAUGAAUUGUGUGUAUAACCUAAUACUCUGUCUGUAGCACUGUUAGAGAGACAUUGUCCCGAUUGCUUAACACUAAAGGGGACUUUACAAAAAGCCUCUGACUAUCUGAAAGUAUACAGACGCAUAUUGCCUUUCUAGCUAAUGUUUAUGCAUUAUGACUACAUUCAGAGUAAGUGCAAUAUGUAUAAAUGAACUACAAGACUGACUUCACUACUGAUGUACUCAUUUUUGUGCUCAACUCCAGACCUGGACUUUAAUCAGCUGUGGAGAACUGAACAGUUAAUAUAAUCAACUGGCCCUUUUGUCCUCACAGGUAAAAGAAGAGUAGAAAAGCUGAACUUGGAUUGACUUUUGGUUAGAAGUCCAUUGUUGAAUGCCUGUCAUGUAAUUCUCCUUCCUGAAGUGAACGUCAAACCUGUUGGUGUUUGGUUUAUAAGACAUGACUACUUCCUCCCAUACAAGAUUCUAACACUGUGAUUCUAUACCUGUGUAUAAGGGGGAGGGGGAGUUCUUCAGUGUGUCUUGUCUUUCACACUGGAUAAUUCUUUGCUUCCUCUUGUCUUAAUAAAUCAAAGGGUCUUUUUUU